AUGAUGUCUCCAUUGUCUCUCAAAGCAGUCGGUGCUGCCGCCGCCGUCUACAUGCUCGGCCAGCAGGUCCAGUGCCCACAGAUUGCCAUUCCUCUCAUCGCCGAUGCUGUUGCCAUGACCGUCGCCCAGGUUGGCUCAGCUGCAGCUUCCUUCGGCGGUGCCAUUGCCGCAGGACACUUUGCUGGUGGAGCCAGAGAUGUUUGGCUCGUCCAGGGACGUGACACCCAGGUUACCGCCCCUGCUGGUGUGCCUCAGUACAACUUCGACAUGUGUGUCGAGAGCCUGUCUGACCCUGCCGUCUCAGUCACGGUUAGCGGCCCUGUUGAGAACAAUGGUGUCAAGGUUGAGGGCCUGCCUUCUAACUGCAUGGUUCUUUCGACUGUUUUCGACGGUGAUGCCGCCGGCGGUCCAGUUCCAACCCCCUGUGGCUCUGCCUGUCUGCUAUACAACAACUUGAACGCAGACCAGUAUGGCCAAAUGCAAUCCGUCUUCACCAAGUUGAAGAACCUUUAG